AUGAUCAAUAUCCAGGCGCUUGGAAUCAACCUUGUUUGCGAUUUGAUGCCCACACCAACAUGCAACGAUCAAUUUAUUCAGAUUUUUACAUAUCUGAACUCUGAUAAUGCCCAACUGGCUCAAUAUCUCAUCUCCUCUUUUGAUCUCUACACAAUCGAGGAUAAAGCAGCCAAAGACGUCUGGUCACUGCAAGUUCUUGCUAUGCAAAUUUCAUUGCAGAACCCUUUCUUAUUUUUUGGUAUUGACGAAUUUGAGAAAAACCAGAACAACAAUCAAUUCUUUUAUGGGGACAAGUCGGAUCCUCGACUUCGUCUGGGAAAUCAGUGUGUUGGCUUUUGGUUGAUUUGUUCUGAAAUGUUUGAUUAUCCAUGGGCAACAACCUUUGACGACGACUAUUAUAACGAGCUGCCUUUGUCAAUCAUCCGUGGCAUCAAACAAAAACUUUUUCAGUCCUUUUUCCGACCAGAAAGUUCAACCCAUCACAUUCAACAUGCAAUUCAGAAGAACAGUGAUCCAAUGAAUGACAAUUUGGACAAUGCGGUAGGCCACUCUCAUUUGAACAAAACGACUUUAGUGGAUCAAAGGAAGUGUCAUCGUAAUCUGACCGACAAUAGAUAUGAUGCACUGGUGGAUGAUGACGGAUCGAUUGGGGAAAAUGCUGACAAUGCCAAGGCUGCGGACAACGAUGCCACUACUAUUGAUGGCAAUGCCUACCAACAACCAAAUCAGGACAACAAUGACAAUGAAAUACUAGUGACGGCACCACUUUCUUCAGAUGAUGAGGACGACGGAGAUGAUGAUGAUAAUAAGGAUGAUGAUGCGGUGAGCAACGCUGGGGUGAAGCCAGACUUCCCCUUCGCUGCUCCAGCUACAUUUAUCAGUGAUUGGAAGUCUGCUCAACAGAAACCGGUCAGUGCAAAGACCUAUGGUCUGGUCAAGGAUGCUACCCUCACCCUUAUUAGCAAACUACAUGAUUACUACAUCCUGACAGAGGUCCUUUAUUUGGUCAUGGACCUUCCUGGGAUGUUGAAGUUCGCUACUACUACUAUGUUUGGCUCAUGCACCUUGUUUAAGCUUCUCUUGUUGACCAAGACAACCCCAGCUCAAGCCAACAAAGCUUCUCACUCUCACCAAUCAACAACUGAGACUGAUGACUCAGACAAUGACUAG